AUGAUUUGGGCUUUUGCCAUCAGCAUUCUCAUUGCUGCAGGCUUCCUCCUUUACCAAUGGGCCUUACCUAGGCCUAUACCGGGUGUUCCUUAUGAUUAUGAUGCUGCCAGGAAUCUCAGGGGCAACUUGCCUGAGAUGCUAGCAUAUGCGAAGGCCAACGGAAGACUACGGCCAUGGUUCACAAGUCAUACUCUGAAGCACAAGGCACCUCUCGUUCAGUUCUGGAUGAUCCCAUUCACCAAGCCCAUGCUAGUAUUGGCGGACUAUCAGGAAGCCCAGGAUAUCCUGUUACGCCGGACCAAAGAAUUCGAUCGAGGACAGCGCGGUGCAGAUGUAUUCCAUGGUGUUGUGCCGAACCAUCACAUUGCCAUGACCUCGGCCGAUCCCCGUUUCAAGAGAAAUAAAGAACUGGUCCGGGAUUUGAUGGCGCCAGGGUUCUUGAAUGAGGUGUCAGCCCCAGAGAUAUACUCGAAAACCAUGGCUUUAGUUGAUCUCUGGGGUCUGAAGGCUCAAUUAGCUGAGAAUAGGCCUUUUGAUGCCAGGCGUGACAUAAUUGAUGCAGCCAUGGAUAUCAUCAAUGCUGCGGCAUUCUCAUUUGAUGGUGCAAUGAUUACUGCAGUCGCAGAUCAUCUGGGCACUCAAUUCCGGUCAGUGCUGCCGAGGUUAGAUCACAAGAUCAGGAUGCUCACAGACAGCGAGCUUCGCCGAAAUUUCAGCCGCAAGGAUGCGAUGAUAUCCAGGGAGAUUAACAAAUCUCUUGGACGUUUGCAAAGCGGUGACGGCACAAUGACAUCAGCUCUUGAUCAUUUAUUACAGAGGGAAAUGAAUGCGGCAAGCAAAGCGGGUCGACAGCCUUAUUUUCACUCUCCACAAAUAUCCGACGAGCUUUUCGGGUACAUUGUGGCUGGACAUGAGACCAGUGCUACUUCACUAUCGUCUGAUCACCAGGACGUGCAGGCAAAGCUCCGAUCAGCUCUACGUGAUGUCUAUCAUGAAGCCUUAGGAGAGUUGCGCCAGCCGACCGUGGAUGAAAUUACGAAGAAGAAUGUCCCGUACCUAGACGCUGUUAUCGAGGAGUCUCUGCGGUUCAAUGCCCCUCUCCCAGUUUUUGGCCGAGAAACAACUGUGGACACCGUUAUACUGGGCCACAAAAUCCCAAAAGGCACUCAGGUGUUCCUGCCUGUCGACGGUCCAAGUUUCAAGCUACCAGGUUUUCCCAUAGCUGACACGAUGCGAUCUGAAACAAGCGUGGAAAAGCACUGGGGUGGCCAGUGGGAUGCCGCUGACAUGCAUCUUUUCAACCCGGAAAGAUGGUUAAAACGACCUGAGGACGGCCCAGUAAUCUUCGAUGCCCAAGCAGGCCCUAUACUGUCUUUUGGGCUGGGUCCGAGAGGCUGCUUUGGAAAGAGACUGGCGUAUCUCGAGAUGAAAAUAGUAUUGGCACUUGUGGUAUGGAACUUUGAGUUUGCGAGGUUGAGCGCGCCAUUCAAUUCUCCAGAAGCCUACGACGCGAUCACCACGAUGCCCAAGUACUGUUACGUUGAGCUCAAAAAACUGCAUUAA